AUGGAGCAAUUCCUCGACCCCUGCCAUAAUACUGGGGGAGAGGACGCAGUACCGACGUAUAGAGGGGUUGAGAGACUACCGCCCCUUUCGCCCUUUGAGCGUCACACCCUGCGUGCUCCCUACGGUCACCCUCCCGCGUCGGCCAUCACAAAGUAG